CUUACUUACCUUCAGUGGAGAUAAGCCUCCAAGUACGGCCAGAUAUGGCCCUCUAUCAACUAAUUGCCCCACGAUCAAGUCAGCAUCUCACAAUCGGUUCUCCAGGUCUCAUCUGUGGUAGCACUUUGCGACAGGCUAUCCCACUCUAGCGAACUCUUGUCCGACUAGCACCGCCGCCCAUGCACGAGGCGAAGACAUCACCGUCAUGAUCAACGCGGUCUUGGUCUUCAACGGCCAAGGUCAGCCUCGCCUGACGAAAUUCUACACCCAGCUAGAAACGAGUAUCCAGCAGCGUCUUCUCUCCGAGAUCUUCGCCCUCGUCUCGAAUAGACCAAGCGGCGCAUGCAACUUCCUCCCGCUGCCCCCUCUCCUCGCGGCCUCGGGCACGUCGCAAUCGUCCUCCGAGCAGCACAAUGACGUUCCCUCCCUCGUAACGUACCGCAACUACGCGACUCUUUAUUUCAUCGUCAUCUCAACGUCGACCGAGUCGCCCCUGGCACUACUAGAUCUCAUUCAGGUGUACGUCGAGGCUCUGGAUAAACUAUUCGAGAACGUAUGCGAACUAGACCUCAUCUUCAACUUCGAGACACUUCAUGCUGCCCUUAGUGAGAUGAUUGUCGGUGGAGUUGUCAUCGAGACCAACCUCGAUCGCAUAGUCGCAGGUGUCAAGGCCCAGGGCACUGUUGCUAAGCGGCCCGUCAACGAGUCGAGGAGUGCAGGGCUAGGAGCCGGUUUGAGCAUGGGCGGUAAUUUCGUCUGGCCUGGCAGAUAGCUUGCACGCAUUAUAGGUACGGAUCAUGCAUUUCAUGGAGUUAGGCGGCGUUUCUUGCGAACUCUCUGGCAUGAAAAGGCGG